AGUAUCACCUCGGCGUACUGAAAGUAGAAAGGUAUAUAAGGGCAUGUGGAAGACUGGCCGGGAACCACAACGCAUCCACACGCCUCGUAGCGAGCACACACGCACGUGUUCUUGUCGUUCUUGUUUGAAAAAGGUGAGCCUCACACGACACACUCCAAAUCCCCUUUUCUUGGUCCGGUGGCAGACAGAGGUAGAGAGAGAUACAGAGGUGAGUGGGCACCCCGGAGACAAUCUCUCGACUGGAUUUGUUUUUGUUGGUGUUACAUCCCAAAGAAUUGCAAACACUCGUGAUACUCGGAUCCCCAAACUCUUCAACAAAAUGCUGAGACAACUCGCAGUCAUCUCAUGCAUCUGCAUUGCCGUAACUAUCGUUUACUCGGCGCCAUCCCAGCCUGCUUUGCAUCGAUCCAAGAGGUGGGAAGAGUUCCCCAACGUCACCUUCACUUUUGACUGCACCAACCGGCCUGUGGGGUUCUACGCUGACCAGGAGUUCAACUGCCAGCUCUUCCACAUGUGCGACGAAGACGGACGCCGCAUCCCAUACAUGUGCGCCAACGACACAGCUUUCAACCAGGAGUACCGCAUCUGCGAUUGGCAGUACAACUUCGACUGCUCCGCUGCUCAGAACUGGUUCUACCUCAAUGAACUGACCUACGUCACCGACCCACCCAAAUUCUAAGGCCGCCCCCCCGUUGAUGACCGCCGAGUCCAACCCCCACCCACAUAUUUGACUGUGAUUCCUCGUCAAUCUAAGGAAUGCUGUUCGUAACCCAGGAAGGAUGUUAUUAAUGUUCUUGAAGGAUUCCCUCUGUCACACUUAAGAUUCAGAACCUAUCUCUUUCUCUCUCUCUUUAUUAUUGGGAUUUUGCAUUUGUUUCUUUGUAGUAGUUAUUAUUCGUUUCAGUGUUGCUCUGUUCUAGGAGUUUUUUGUUUAUUUUGGUGUGUCAAAAAUUACUUUUAAGUGAUUAGGAGAUACCUUUUUGGGCAGGAGAGGGACGUGACCUUAUGCCACUUCCCUUUGGAAGGCGUACCUUUUAAGAAGCAUUCAAUUCCCUCUGGUUAUUUAUGCUUACUACAUGGCCUCCUGCGUAGGUGAUAUAUGCUUACUACAGGGCCGGCCUCCUUCGUAGGUAAUUUAUGCUUACUACAGGGCCUCCUGCGUUACUGGGAAACAGCAUUUCAAUCUGUACAUAAAAGCGGCUACUCAGCACUGGUUUUUCCACCCUUGCGUGGGAAGUCAUAAAAUAGAUAACCCUCCAGGAUCCCCGAAUUGCCACGGCUUCAAUAAACGAUUUCAUAAUCAUACAUUUUUGUAUAUAAACAUGGACAUAUCUAGACACGUUCACCUCCUUUUGUGAUUCAUUAGUUAUAUAAAUAGUAUAAGCUUCAGACGAACUGGUUUUCAUCUUCGAAGCGCCGACGGAGGUGAUGGCUCGGCCACUGGAUGGCAGCCGUGUCUCGGAGGAUGGCUCCUCAAGGGAAAUCCUAGGCUCUGUAAAGACAGGCUUUGUAAAGAGAUUUUUAGGGAGAGAGAGGGAGAGAGACCUCGGCUGGCUGAAGGUCUCUCCUAGGACAUUUUUUUUUUAUAUUAGCUCCUUUCCAACAAAAACAUGCUUAAAAACCAACACAAGACGAAGCAGAGAACGCAUUUUUAUAUAUAGAUUUUCUGGCCAGUCCUUGGUUCCUCGGGGAUCCUGUAAUGCUGCUAGAGCUGGUCUCUGGGCGCCACCAUCACACACCUUCUCCAUGUGUACAGAGCCAACUAGUUUUUAGUUAAGAAAAAUUAAUCAUCAUUGCUUGGAAGAUGUGUAUCAUUCGAUUCGUAAAUUCUGUGUAUUCAAGGUCUGCGUGAAUGGUGUGUGAAUGCCAAUUAAAUGAAAGAAAUUAUUGUAUGUAUAUUUUGUGAUCAUCAUUAUACUUUGUGUUCUUAAAAGUUGCCGUCUCUUAAAAUAAAAAACCACCAUUUUUUCUUUUAAUCAUUAAUCCCACACUUUUUUAAUAUCUAAGCAAAUUUAUAAUAAUAAUCAAUAAUCAAUGGAAUUACCCUCUAUUGCUACGUCAAAAACAACAAAAGUUAUAUUUGUACUGUAAAUAUAUUGCACUGAUAAAAUCUGAUGUAAGAAAUAAAUUAAGCUUGAGUUGACAAGCCAAAAGGAACGAGUACAACUGAUAUGGUUAAAAACAACAUACAAUUUAAGGAGAAUUUAAAACUAGAAGUGCGCCGUUCUUUACGCAUUUUCCCCCUUCCCCUUCUCUAGAAACGAGAACAGCGAAACUUAAUUUUCAAAAAAGUCACACUCUACCUGACGACGUAAUUUCGUCAAGCCUGAAAUCUUAGCCAGUAUCGUAGAAUUAGACUUAGUGGGUAGAAUCGUUGCGUAGAGAACGAGACCAGGUAAACAUUGUAAAUUAUGACUACACCGAGAAGGCGCGGAGAGCCAAUAAUGCGUAAAGAACGACCAGCGGGUGUGCAGAGCAUGCCCGGUACUUUGCAUUACUAUCUAAACUGUUUGUGCGUAUGUCGUGAGUGUCUAGAAUGCUGUUUUUGUAAAAUAAAAAAAAUUAAAAUAUA